AUGGUCCACUCAGCUACAGUACCUAGUCAACAACUUCAUCCUUUACAACAGAAUACUCCUACUGCAGAUAUACAUAUCACUAGCAGUAUUGAUGUCGAUUCAGAUGAUAACGAUUCCAAACCAGGCAAAAGGUCAGGAAGACGUAAAAUCAAGAUAGAGUAUAUCGAAGACAAAUCAAGGCGUCAUAUAACAUUUUCCAAAAGGAAAGCCGGCAUCAUGAAAAAGGCUUACGAACUUAGUACCUUGACCGGAACUCAAGUGCUUCUUUUGGUAGUAUCGGAAACUGGACUUGUUUAUACCUUCACAACACCUAAAUUGCAACCGCUCGUAACUAAGCAAGAAGGCAAAAGUUUGAUUCAAGAAUGUCUGAAUGCACCCGAUCCAUCACUACAAGAGCAGCUACAACAGCAAGAACAACAUGAUCAAGGGAAUAUCACGGUAAAUUUGGAAAAGAAUUGA